AUGACAGAAAGUGAUAUUAUUUAUGAUGAAAAUACUAAAGACAGAGCCGUAGUUUCUUCAUUUUGUAAUAAGGAUGGUUUGAAUAUAAAAAGUUAUUCUUGGGUAGUCAAAAAAGCUUUAGGUAUUAUAAUAUUAAUACAUGGAUUAGCUUCUCAUUUGAGGUUUGGAUUUUUAAACAAGAAUGCAAAGAUUGUAAGUGAUGAUCAUGCAGUUUUAAUUGAUGGAGAUAAUUAUUUUGUAUAUGAAGGUAGUUGGAUUGAGAAGUUAAACCAGAAUGGUUAUUCUGUAUAUGGUUUGGAUUUACAAGGACAUGGAGAAUCUGAUGGAUAUCAGAAUUUAAAGCUACAUAUUAACAAUUAUGAUGAUUAUAUAUAUGAUUUAAUAGAUUUUAUUAAAAGAGUUAAAAAAUCAAGUAUUUUAGAAUCUAGAAAGGAACGUAAUGCAUUAGAUAAUGAACAAAUUGAAACAUUAGAAAAUCCUCCGAUAUAUAUAGCAGGUUUUUCUAUGGGUGCAAAUAUAAUGUUAAGAGCUAUGGAAUUAUUAAAUAAUGCAAAUGAUGAUUUAAUUACUAAGGGACAUAUAAAAGGACUUGUAUCACUAGCUGGAAUGUUUUCAAUUAAGAGAGUUGGAUCAGUUGAUUCCUUCAAAUAUAAAUAUAUUACUUCUCCAAGUAUGAAUUUAUUGUCUUCUUUACGUCCAACUAAUAGAUUAAGUAAGAAUACUAAAGGCUACAAACGAUUUCCAUAUAUUAAUGAUCUUAUAUCUUUUGAUAAAGUCAGAUAUAAUGGAACAAUAACAAACAAGCUUGCGUAUGCUUUAAUGAAUUCAGUUGUUACAUUAAAUAAAAAUAUGGAUAGCAUACCUAAAAAUAUUCCUAUAUUAUUUAUACAUUCAAAAACGGAUAAUAUAUGCACUUAUGAAGAUGCAUUAUCGUUUUUUAAUAAAUUAAAUAAUAAAAAUAAAGAAAUUUAUACCUUAGAAAAUAUGAGUCAUGUCAUAACACUGGAACCAGGAAAUGAAAAAGCUCUAAAUAAAAUGAUUAAAUGGUUAAAAAAUACAGAUGAAAAAAAGUAA